AUGGAAGACGACAAAGCCAGCUUCGGCCAUAUCGACCACGCUGCAGAGGAACAUGGCCUUCCCGAUCUCUCCAAUGACAAGGAAUCUAUCACUCCUGCCCCUAAUGAUCCCCAGAACUGGUCCACUGCUGCCAAACUCACCACCUACCUGACCAUCUGUUUCUAUACCUUCCUCGCCAAUGUCAACAGCAGCAACUUCACCGUCGCCACCAAGGCUAUCAUCGCCGAAUUCCACGUCUCCCAAACCCAGGCCGGCGAACUCGUCUGCUUCAAUGUCUUCCUCUUCGGCGUCGGCAACAUCUUCUGGGUUCCACUGAUGCGCGUCGUCGGCAAACGCCCCGUCUAUCUCAUCUCCAUGCUCUUCCUCUCCAUGAUGAAUGUCUGGUCGUCCCGCGCCACCAGCUACGGCGAGCUGCUCGCUUCACGCAUCCUCUCCGGGUUCGCCGCAGCCGCAGCCGAUGCCACUGUCCCUGCCGUGGUCAGCGACAUGGUGGCUCCCCACGAACGCGGCCACUACCUCAUGAUCUUCCAUCUUGCCCUGACCGGUGGGCUUUUCCUCGGCCCUCUCAUCAACGCAUACCUGGUACAAGACGAGAACUGGCGUUGGAUGUGCUACUUCCUUGCUAUAGCAGUCGGAGCGGUCUUUGUGGUCGCCAUCUUCACCGUUCGCGAAACCACAUACCUCGCGCGACAUGCCUCUUCCCAGAAGACGAGGUAUUGGGGUUGGCUUUCCAUCACACGAGGAUACAACCCGGACGCCUCGUUCCUCCAGACGGUAUGGGAUAUCCUCCGUAACGCGAUGUACCCUCAACUCCUAUGGUCAGCCUUUACCAUCGGAAUCUCCGUAGGAUGGAACAUCGUCGUCCAACUCACUGCGUCCCGCACCUUCACAGCCCCGCCCUACAACUGGCCCGCUGGCAGUAUCGGCCUCCUCUCCCUCUCCGGCUUCAUCGGCGCCCUGCUAGCCUUCUACCUGGGUGGACGUCUCAUCGACAUCCUCUCCACAUAUUAUACCCGGCGGCGCGGGGGCCAACGACUGCCCGAGUACCGACUCCCCGCCAUGAUCAUCCCCGGCACGAUCGGACCCGCGGGGAUACUCAUCUUCGGACUGUGCGUGGCGAAUCAAACGCACUGGGCUGGUGCGGCAGUGGGAUAUGCCAUGCAGGCUUUUGGGGUCGCGGCUAUUUCUAAUGUGGCGGUCACGUAUUCGUUGGAUUGUUAUAAGCCGAUCACGGGCGAAGCACUGGUCAUUAUUUUCGUGAUCCGGAAUACGAUCGGUAUGUUGUUGUCGCUAUAUGCGGCGGAUUGGAUCGCGAAACAGGGCGCCGCGAAGGUGUUUGGAGAGAUGACGGCGAUUCAGGGGGCAAGUGUAUUGCUGGCGGUGCCAUUGUUUCUUUGGGGCGCUGGUCUACGCGAGUUGACGGGGCGGUAUGGGCCCAUGAAACGAUUUGUGGGAGUGUCUUAG